AAAUCUGAUAGAUCGAUCAAUCGGCCAAUCAUGGCGGAGCCCAGCUCGCAGCCGGCUGCAGCAGCAGCAGCAGCAGCAGAUCUGCUGAUCGAACGCAACAAAGAGGAACCGUCUCUUCCUGCGGAAGGCAUCUCCAAAGGACUGAUGGUAACCAUGACGACGGAGGGGCCGGGCCUCACGCCGGGGUCGGAGGCCCCGAGCGGCGACGGCGGCGCCGACAGUCCUCUUCCUGCCAAAGUCCCGAAGGAGGAGGCCACGCCCACGGAGUCCUCGUCGCUGUCGUCCGAAAACGGGACGGUAACCACCGUCACCAUAGAAGAAGAAUCUCUGUCAGCUCUGUUAAGACACAUCAAGACUGAAGGAGGACGGGACAGAGGGGCGGAGCCAGGUCUGGAUCCGGACCUGGACGAAAGCUCCUCUGUGGCGACGGCAGGCGGCUCAGACGACCAGAGGGAGUCCACGGACUCUGCGUCCUUCUCCAUCCCCAGCCUGGAGCUGUCAGACGGGGUCACGGCCGCGGGAAACUCCCUGGACGUGGACGACGGCCUCUCCUCGUCCUACUCCGCUCUGGGCGUGGAGGGCUGCUCGCCGUCCACCGAGGUCCCCAGUCUGAAGGACGACGAGACACCGGACGCUGCAGGGGGCGCUGCAGCUGCAGCUGCUGCUCCUGCUGCCUCCACAGCUGCUGCUGCUGCUCUGGAGGCCGGGCCGUCCAUGCCGGCGUACUACCUGGUGAAGUGGAUCACCUGGAAGGAGAAGAAGACUCCCAUCAUCACGCAGAGUGAGAACGGACCCUGCCCCCUGCUGGCCAUCAUGAACACUCUCUUUCUACGCUGGAAGGCUAAACUUCCGGCUCAGACCGAAGUCGUCACCACCGAGGACCUGAUGGCUCACCUGGGAGAGUGUGUGUUGUCCGUUACACCCAGAGAGAAGGCCGAUGGGAUGGAGCUCAACUUCCAACAGAACAUGAGCGAUGCCAUGGCGGUGCUCCCUAAGUUGUCCACAGGUCUGGAUGUUAACGUUCGCUUCACCGGAGUGACGGACUUUGAGUACACACCAGAGUGUAUCGUGUUCGACCUGCUGGACAUCCCGCUGUACCACGGCUGGCUGGUCGACCCGCAGAGUCCAGAGAUGGUGGCCUCUGUGGGGAAACUGAGUUACAACCAGCUGGUGGAGAAAAUCAUCGACUACAAACACUCUGCUGACAGCAGCCGAGUCAGUGAAGGUCUGGUGGCGGAGCAGUUCCUGGAGUCGACGGCGACGCAGCUGUCGUAUCACGGCCUGUGUGAACUCAACACGACGGCCAAAGAGGGAGAGAUCUCCGUGUUCUUCAGAAACAACCACUUCAGUACCAUGAUCAAACACAAGGGUCACCUGUACCUGUUGGUGACGGAUCAGGGCUUCCUGCAGGAGGAGGGUUUGGUCUGGGAGUCUCUUCAUAACGUCGAGGGAGACGGAAACUUCUGCGACUCCGACUUCAGACUGUGUCAUCCUCCGCAGAGAGCCGCGCCCGCCCGCCGCGCUGCCGCCCUGCCGCCCACCGCCCAGGAGCAGCAGAGACAGAUCGACCAGGACUACCUGGUGGCGGUGUCCCUGCAGCAGCAGCAGGGCGGGGCCCCGGGGCCCCUCAGCGACCUGGAGUUGGCCCGACAGCUCCAACAGGAGGAAUACCAGCAACAGCAGCAACUCCAGCAGCAGCAGCAGCAGCAGCAGGGAUCAGCGCAGGCAGCACAGCAGGUCAGAGGUCAGGGGUCACAGCAGGGCGGAGCCAGGAGAAGAGACAAGGACUCGGACUGCGUCCUCCUAUAGACUCUUCGUCGUCUUCGUCAUCAUCUUACUACCGACCACCAGACUCCCCGGGUCGAGCCUGUCUGCAGCGGGGAGGUGUCACGCACACACGUGCACACGCGCAUGCAAACACACACACACACACACACACACACACACACACACACACACACACACACACACAGUCAGCUCGAUGCCAAACCCCAGUGCUUUGUCGAACAGCUUGUUUCAGACGGAUUAUUAAGAAACGACUGUCUCCAUAAAGGGUUUCUAAGCUGGAACUAACGGCUUCAUUAAUAGUCAGUAAACCAUUUACUGCUGUUUAACUGAGCAGCUAUGAAACACUAAGAAUAACUUUAAAAUAAUCCGAAACGUUUGAUAAUUGAUUUACAAAAUGCCAAACAAGUCUGCAGUUUAAAAUGCUAAUAAAUUAAAAAGAUAUCAAUCGAUCUUUCCUUAAUUAAUAACUGAUCUGUAAAGCAGGAAAUGAUUUAUUGACCAUUGAUAAAGCCGUUAGUUACAACUUGUCACUUAUUAGAAAGUGGUUGCAUUUAAUGACGAAGGGAAAAUCCGUUAAUUUAAAGUGUGUUUUACGGACCUGAAUGACACGACAGUCUCUUUUCUGAUGGGACCGGUUUCACCAGACGAGGUCACGUUACUGGUCCAGGAUGUGUUUUCGUCCCGUCUGAAGAAACUACAGCUGUCCGUCACGCGGCCUCCUCUGGUCAAACCGAUCCUUUCCAAUAACCAGCUUUGCUGCAGAUGAAACUAAACUUUAAACCAGGAGGUCGGCGGAGACCAACGAGUUAACAGAGUUACGGCUCCUAAGAUGCAGAAGCGAGUCAGUACAAAAGUCCCAUCAGAUUUCCACUGCUUUUUGUUUUCCAGCCGGGUUCGAAUGAAUGUAGAAAAUAAGCUCUGGAGUCAAAUAAAGUUUUGUUCAAUGGUUUAAAACGUCUCACCUGAAGGUCCUCAAGCUGUUAUGUGUUUGGCUGUUUAUUAAUGCUGCAGCAUUUGAGUAAAUACACGACACAAAAAGCUGGGUAACACUUUCUAUAAGUCACUAAUUUUUUAAUAAUUUCCUGUGGAUACACAAGAAUUUACCUUAAAUGAACUCUGUAAUUGUGUACCAAUUAUCGGGAAAACAGGAACGGCCUGUAGUAAUUGCAUGUCACUCUAAAAUAAUGAAAUGUGCGUUAGUUACAGGAGGGUGUCUUUGCUGCCAGUAUGAACCUUCCUCAUUGUGGCACCUAAACGACGCGUUAUUUCUAAACCUUUUGACGAAUAUGAACAUUUUUCUACAAAAACAAACCAUAAAAUCUGUCAAAUUCAUCAGUAUUUAAUAUCAAAGUCCAAACAUCAUCCACUCUGGAACAUUUUAAAAUACAGGGGAAAAAAUGAACAAUCAAAUAAUGAUUUAAAUCAACAAAUAUCUGAUCACAGAACGAGCCGACGAUGCGUUCACUGCCAACUUCCGCUACUCGUCCGUCACAUGUUCGAUACCCGCUCGUCGUGUUGAUCAUCUUGUUCGUAUAAAACGUCUUCACUUCUGUUCACUGCAGAGCUUAUUUUCUUAAUUUAUCCCAAAAACCAGAGCAGAACUUCGAUUAGUACGGAAGCCCGAACCUGCCAGGAAAAUAAACAAAAUACCUGAAAUGACAAAAAUAAAAACACUCAUGGUACCUCAAAAUUAUUCUGACUUCCUAUCUCAUGAUUUUUGACUUACUAGUAUAUUAUAAUUCUGACUUAUUAUCUUGUAUUUAUGACUCAGUAACUGAUCAUUUAGACCUAAUUAGUCAAACAUUUGUCUUUUCUUAUAUUUGACUUUUUAAAUCAUAAUUUUGAGGCACAAAGUCACAAAUACAAGAUAAGAAGUCAAAAUUUUGACCUAAUAACUCAAAAUUUGUAUUUAUGACCUAUUGUCUCAGAAUUAUGACUUAGUAAGUAAAUUUUUACUUUUUAUCUCAUAAUUGUGAUGUACCAUGAGUGCUUUAAUUUUUGGCGUUCCUAAAGUUUUCUUUUCCAGGCGCUAACGGGCCUCCGUACUAUUUUAAAUCUGCUGUGGGAAGAAACUCGAAGAGUAAAACUCUUCUGGAUCAACUCAGAAACGUGUCGUGAUUUCAUCCCUCUGUCGCUGCUGGGACUUAAAAAAAGACAAACUGAACUAAAAGCACAUUUUGGACUAAAACCAUGUUGUAACUCUGCCGAUGCACAGACGUUUAAUUAGCAGUUUAGACCUGGUGUUAAGAUAUUUUCUCUUCAAACCAACAAAAAGCAGGACAGCUUCCGGUUUCGAAGUGCUCCGGAUCCAAAACGUCCUGGAAGAUUCAGGAACCCAGUGUCCAGAUUUAAAACGACUUAUUUAAAGCGACGUUGAAUAAAAGAGUCAGUUAACGUCUUAAACUGAGUAGUAAAACUGUUCUCUGAUCAGAUGUUGUUGCUGAUCGGCUUCAGCGACCCGUGACAAACAUUUAGCACUUAAAACUUUCCCAUCAUGCCUCUCUUGAGUGUUCGGGGCCUCGCUGGCACUUCCUGUUGUCGUCCUGAGUUUUUAAAAGUUUAUUUCUUUGGUGUGUGUGUGCUGUCGGACUGUCGGGCCGCUGCCACGCUCUCUGUUUAAGCUUUGUAUUUAAUUUGUCAUGAUGUCAAAUUAUCAGUAAAAACAAAAUCAAACUCC